AUGUCGACUCACGGAUGCGGUCGCAGGCAAGGUAAAGGUAAGACAGGCACCGUUACUCCUGCCCCCAUAGGGACUGAUCCAGUAGUCUUUAUGGCUGCCCUAGGAAAUAUGGCUGUAGCUAUGCAAGCGACAGCCGAGGCACUAGGUAAUCAGAUAAAUCAGGGUAAUCAUGGGAACAAUAAUGAUGAGGAUGGUCCAAUGACACUUGCUACAUUUCUGAAAGUUCAUCCUCCGACCUUCAAGGGAACCUCAAAUCCCACUGAUGCAGAUAAUUGGAUUCAGGCUAUGGAAAGGGCGUUACAGGAACAACAGGUUCCUGAAGAUCAAUGGGUUGAAUUUGGAACUUAUCAAUUGCAAGCUAGAAAUGCCAAAGAACUUGAAUUAAUGCAGUUAAAACAGGGACAGAUGACUGUUGCUGAGUAUACUAGCAAAUUUGAGAAGUUAUAUCGCUUUUCUCGUAUCUGUCAAGGUGAGCCUGAAGAUUUUGCUGAAUGGAAGUGUAUUAAAUAUGAGGGAGGUCUUCGGAGUGAUAUUCUGAGCUUCGUUGCCCCAAUGGAGAUCAGGUCCGGGCAUAUAGCCAGUAAUUACCCGGAAAAGAAGAAGUAUGAGACUGGUAGAGUGCAUCAGUCAGAGAGAGUAUACACCACUUCUACCAUAGGUGUUGAGGGGUCUGAGACACUUAUUAGAGGUAAUUGUGAAAUGGCUGGUAAAAUCUUAAAUGUUUUAUUUGAUUCAGUAGCGUCUCAUUCAUUUAUUGCAUUUGAAAAGGCCAACGAGUUAGGAUUGAAAAUCGUGGUUUUAGGUUAUGAUUUGAAAGUAUAUAAUGCUACUCAUGAAGCUAUGGUGACUAGGAUAGGAUAUCCACAAGUUCCCUUUCAAGUACAACAGCGUGAAUUUGUGCAUGAUUUGAUUUGUUUACCUAUGACUGGUCUUGAUCUCAUUUUGGGAUUGGAUUGGUUAUCCAAGAAUCAUGUUUUGCUUGAUUAUUCUGAGAAGUCAGUACAGUUUAUGCCGGAAGGGUCAGAAGCACCGGUUGUGGUGAAUAGUUACUAUUUGAAUUCUAUGAUAGUAAACUGUUCUGGAACUGAAUGUCAGGGUAUUAUGUUAUUAACUGCGGGAGUAUCAGGUGAUGAUCAAAGUUUAGAGCAGAUUCCGGUUGUAUGUGAAUUUCCAGAUGUGUUUCCGGAUGAUAUUAAUGAAUUCCCACCUAAUCGAGAAGUGGAAUUCUCAAUUGACUUAGUGCCUGGAGCCGGUCCGAUUUCAAUUACUCCUUACAGGAUGUCACCUUUAGAAAUGGCUGAACUGAAAGCUCAGCUAGAAGAUCUGUUAGUUAAGCAUUUUAUCCGACCAAGUAUUUCUCCGUGGGGAGCGCCAGUGUUACUAGUAAAGAAGAAGGAUGGAAGUAUGCGGUUGUGUGUCGACUAUCGGCAGUUGAAUAAGAUCACUGGUGCCGGUGUGUUUUCUAAGAUUGAUUUGCGAUCCGGGUAUCAUCAGAUAAGGGUUAGAGAUGAGGAUAUUCCGAAAACUGCCUUCAGGAUGCGUUAUGGUCAUUAUGAGUAUACAGUGAUGUCUUUUGGGUUAACUAAUGCCCCGACAUCUGAAGAGGAACAUGCUGAACACUUGCGAACUGUGCUGCAAAUUCUGAGAGACAGGAAGUUAUAUGCUAAGUUAUCUAAAUGUGAGUUUUGGAAGAGUGAAGUAAAGUUUCUCGGCCACGUGGUGAGUAAGCAGGGAAUAGCUGUGGAUCUUGCUAAGGUGGAAGCAGUGAUGAAUUGGGAACAACCAACUUCAAUGACAGAGAUAAGGAGUUUCCUAGGUUUGGCGGGGUAUUAUCGCAGAUUCAUUAAAGGAUUUUCACAGCUUGCCUUACCUUUAACUAAAUUGACUAGGAAGAAUACGCUUUUUAUCUGGACUCCGGAGUGUGAAGAGAGUUUCCAAGCAUUCAAGCACAGGUUGAUUACUGCACCUGUAUUGAUAUUACCUGAACCAAGUGAACCGUUUGAAGUGUAUUGUGAUGCAUCUCUGAAAGGUUUGGGGUGCAUUCUGAUGCAGCACCAGAAUGUUGUAGCAUACGCCUCAUGGCAAUUAAGGCCGCAUGAAAUGAAUUAUCUGACACAUGAUUUGGAACUUGCUGCUGUUGUGAAAAGCAAACGUUGUGGCGGACGCCUUGAGUCAGAAAUCUUUAUAUGCAGCUUGGAUGAUGCUACAGGAAGAAGAACUACUAAGGGCGUUUCAAGGUUCAUCGAGACAGUGAAGCGUUACGUAAGAUAUUACCAGCAGUCAAACAAAGGAAACAGUAGAGAGUAA